AUGUUACUCCAUCCCGGUACACUGGCCAUCUAUGGUGCACUUCUGCUACUCAUCACGAGAACGCCGGCCCAAUGUUACGGAGCAAGCCUGUCGAAACGCAUGAGUACAGAGAUUCAUGCAGGGGAAUCAGCAUAUUUAUUACGCACAGCAGGUUCAUCUGGGACCCCGCAUGAGAGGGAAUCACACUUAGGAAAAGAAAGGAAUUCAGGAUCAUUCCUUGAUCAAAAGGUUUUGGAUGUUACUUCACCUAAUCCUAGACAGCAAUUUGAUCAAGAUCACAAAAUUGAGCUAGUGCCAGAAGAAAAAGAAAAUUUAAUGAAACUGAAAGCAUUUAAAAUUGUGGCUUCAAAGAAAUUUGGAAUAAAACCUGAUCAAAUAGAUGAAGCAGUGGAGUGGUUUCAAGAUCUUAUGAAAUCCUUGAAUGGGGAGGAUUUGAAGCAUGGAAGAAAAGCAAAUUUCUCUCUAGGGAAAUUGGAAUUCUUCAAAUUUUGGAAGAUAUUGUGA